AUGUAGCAGAGAUGCGCGCGCCGGCAGCCGCGGCGCUCUUGCUCGCCGCACUCACCGCACUGCCUUGCAGAGGCACCGACGCCGACGCCACGUCGAGUGCUUUGAAUGAGACCAACAAUUUUCAAAACACCGACGCCCUGCCUACUAUAAACAAACUGUACCAAAUGUUACACAACCAAGAUUUACAUAAUCAAACUAAACUUGAAAACUUUAAUUACUCAAGUCUUAAUCCAAUACAUAGUUUUAACUCUUACAACAAUUUCGAGAAUCCCAAUCCAACGGUUAAGAAUCGUGUUGAAUGUUGUCUGAAUAUUAAUGAUGUUGGGGCUGAUGUAAAUAAUGGAAGUUUGUUAAACGGUGCUAACGUAAUUGUGAAUGAAGAUAACAAGAGGAAUAGAAGGCGGCGUGUCGUAAACGUUGUAAGGGUAGUGGACACCACGCCUAGUGAUGCUAAUGGUGAAGCGACCACUGCGACAAACAUGGCAAGUGUUACGCCAGUGGUGAUGGAAAGGAGGAAGAAACCAGGAGAAACCGGGUCCAGUGCACCGCUCCUUAAUUAUAUUUUCGACACAUAUACCAAUACACAUCAGCAUAGAAAUGAGAAAGCCGGUACCGGCAACAGUAUCUAUGCAGCAGCUGCACCAGAGAUGGAGGCCUUGGUGGGUUCUACAGCACACCUGGACUGCAAGGUGGAUGCACUUCAUGAUAAACUGGUGUCGUGGGUGCGACGGAAAAACGAUGAACAGCCAAUGGAGUUGCUCACAACUGGUACCCAGCAAUACACCGCUGAUUCCAGAUAUUCAGCGCGCUUCAUACCACCUGACAUUUGGAGAUUAGAAGUGAAGGAGGUCCGUCCCUCUGAUGCCGCCCAUUACGACUGCCAGCUGUCAGCCCAUCCGCCGCGCACUGCCAGGGUCACGCUUAGGGUGCCUGAAGUGUCAGUGGCAAUAGUGGAUGGUGCGGGAGCGGCAGUGUCAGAGCAAGUUUGCGAGCUGGGCAGCACGGUGGCGCUGCGGUGCGAGGUGAAGGGACUGCGGAUGGAGGGAGGGCCCUCGCUGCUGUGGUACAGGAAGGAUGAUCUGCUCAAUGACGAUACUACCAGAGGAGGUAUCAGCGUUCGCACUGAAUUUGGCUCAAAUGGAGCUAGUUCAGUGCUCCGCGUGGCUCGCGUGCGAGGAGACGAUGCUGGUCGGUACACGUGCACCGUGGCUCGCGCCCCACCUCCCGCACCGCCGCCUGCGCACAUCAUUCUCCACGUUAUCAAAGGUGAGAGCCUUGCGGAGUUGCAUCAAGGCGGCGAAUCGGUGUGUGGUGCGUCGCGAAAAUGGAUUAUCAUUGUGGUCGCCGACCGAUGGGGCGAUCCAGAUACUACUGGAGCGAUAUGGUGGAAGUUGACCUGCACCAACUUCAAGCCAGUGGCUGGCGAGAGCUGGCGCAGGAUAAGGACAACUGGAGAACUCUCGUUUCGGAGACCAAGACUCACUUUGGGUCGCUGA